UGCCUUCCUCUUGCCGUUCUACUCUUCAGACUCCUCAGAGAAGUAGACUCACCUUCAUUGCUUAGACAUGGCAUACUGUGGACCAUCCUUUGCAGUCCCAUCCUGCGCCUCUGCUCCGACUGUUGGCUUUGGAUCAGCAGGUCUCGGCUACGGUGGCCUCCACUAUGGUGGCUCUGGCUUUGCCUCUGGGGGCCCAUCAUUUGCCGUUCCCUCUGUGGCCUCCAGCCCAGUUGUUGGCUUUGGAUCAGCAGGCCUUGGACACGGCUAUGCAUCCGGGGUGCCCUCCGCUAGCCUUGGCAUUCUUUCAGGCGUCAAUCCUUCCUGCAUCAACCAGAUCCCUCCAGCAGAAGUUUUGGUUCAGCCACCUCCCGUCGUCUUGACCCUCCCAGGACCCAUCCUCUCUGCUACUGGGGAACCAGUUUCUGUAGGAGGCAACACUCCAUGUGCUGUUAGUUAUGGAAGAAAUGUUAUUGGAGGUGGUGCUGGUGGUUUUGGAGGGGCUCUUGGAGGCCAUUUGGGGAGCUAUGGGGGCAGCAGAGGCAGUCUCAUUUGUGGGCCCAGAAGCAGUCUCAUCGGGGCGCGCAGAGGCAGCCUCAUCACGGGGCGUAGAGGAAGCUUCUCCCCUUGCUAG